AUGUGGGUUUUAGAAAGCAGCUCAACUGAAUUAAAUGGAAUUAGAAAAUAUUUAAGGCCAGGAAAAGAAUAUUUAGUUGGUCGCGCAAAACAUAUAACGGAUAUUACGAUUGAUUCUAAGACGGUGAGUAAGAAACAUGCCAAAUUUGUUGUUGUUUCGGUAGAAAAAGGAGCAUCAUUACUUUUGGAAGAAAAAACAGUAAUUUACUUGAUUGAUCUUAAUUCUAAAUUUGGGACAAUGGUUAAUGGUGAAAAAUUGGGUGAAUUUGCUAAAAAAUGUGAUGAAAAUUUUCAAGAAAUUACUUUUGGAAAAUGUCAAGGAAAAUUUAGACUUUCAUGGAAUCCUGUUGUUUUUACAUUAUCUGGGAUAAAAAUAAAAGAUAUACAAUUAUUAGUGGAAACAUAUGGGAUUAAAAUCACAAAAGAAUAUUGUAAUAAAACGACACAUGUUGUUUCUAAACAGAGGAAUACAACGAAAAAUCUUCAAGCUUUUAUUUAUGGCGUAUUUGUAGUAUCAUAUUCUUAUGUACAAGAACUUGUACGAACAAUAGAUCUUCUAGAAUUCAAUUUCGAUCAAGGGUUUCCUAAUCCUGAAGAUCAUAUUCCUCAGGAUAAUCAUUAUUUAAAUAUUAAUGUUUCUCCAAAGGAUUUUUUGCCUAAUAAGCAACGGAGACAUUUAUUUCGUGGUUUAACAUUUAUUUUUUUUGAUAAAAAUCAGUAUUGCAAUUUGUCUCUUCCAAUAAAUGCUGCUAGUGGGAAAACAGCAUUUUGUAAAGAAACUUCCAAUAUUGAACAAAUUACUAUAUUCAUACGUAAUUAUUCUAAUGUAAUUGCAGUAUCUCCUCUUGAUGAUUCUUAUUUUGUUGAUAUGGCAUGCAAAAGACUUAGAAUAAACAUGAUAAGUCAAGAUAAAUUUUUUGAACCUAUAGUAAAAAUGGAUUUGUCUUUAUUUGAGAAAGAUUUUUAUACGAACAAUGAUCCAAAUUAUAAAGAUGAUAUCGUCAUAAAUAAUACAAAAUAUAACUCCCAAAUAUUUCCUACCUCUAAAUCUGAAUUAAAUAAUGAAUUAACGUUUCAAGUAUUUAAAAAAUCCGAUAUAAAUGUGGUUUCAAAUGAUAAUGAUAAUAAACGGGAUAUUAAAUCUUCAGAACAUAUAAACGAAAUUUUUGAUAAAGAUGAUAUUUUAUCACAAAAUUUUUCAAAUUGCAAUAAAUUUUCAACGAAAGCGAGAAUUAUAUAUCCUAUUUCUGACAACGAAAACACUAUUUCUGUUAAUUCUAAUAUAAAAAUGGAUUCUGAAUUUUAUAGUCCUAUAAAGUCUCUUCGUUCUCAAAUUUUACCCUCAAACAAUUCGAAUAUUAUUCAUGAUAUUUAUGAAGUUGAUUUUCGUAAUACAUCUAAUUCUCCAAAAAAAAAUGCUCUGGAUUUAGAAAAUUCAAAUAAAAGUACAUAUGAAACUAAUUCAUAUAAUCAUUUAAAAUCAGAUUUAUCUCUUAUUUCUACAGCCAAAAAUUUUGAAAUUUCUUUACCUUCAACUUUACAAGAAAAUAAAACAAAUUCAUUUCAGACUAUAAAAAACGAAUCGUCAGUAUCACAUUUUUCUAAAUCAGCUGAAAAGGAUGAAAAAUUAAAAGUUAUUGAAUAUUUUAAAGUAGAAUUAAAACCGCAAAAAUCUUUUGUAAAUUUAUCUCCUCGUUGGGAUCCUAAAUGGAAUGGAAGAAAAAAUUUCAAAAAAUUCAUAAGAGUUAAAAGAAUACAACCUCUAACAUUUACACAGCAUGUUCGUCUUGUAGAAUAUAAGCCUAAUAUGAGGCUUAUUCAGGAAUCAAGUAAACAAAAGAGUAAUGAACAAAUAUUUAAAAAAAAUGUUAAAAAUACAAUUUCUGGUUCUGAUAGAACAUUCAUAUUUAAAAAUAAAACUAAAACAUUUUCAACAAAUAUUCAAAAUUAUUUCGAUAUAACUCAAGAUGAUACUGAUGAUGAUGAUCCUUUAAAAUUUAAGCUCUAA